UUCAUCUAUGGCGCAUUUUCAGUUCACUUCUAGCGUUUGGAUAAGAUACACCGUAGGGAGCUGUUGUUAAGCAGGAUGGCUGUCCAUGAGAGAAAUGAUCGUAGCUGGUGUUGUGCGUUUUUCAUGGUGUACCUCAUCAGCGUCUGCUCCGCAAAGCAUAGCCGCCAGUGUCUAGGUGGAUCGGAGAUAUUCGUCUGCACCCUUCUGCAAUUUGAUUACGAGGCCGGCCAAGAUGUACCGCACUUUAAUAUUUCGUCAAGUGUCACUGCGGUAAAAUUUAUAAUACCACCCAAUGAACAACUCCAUCAUAUCGUCAGCUCAUUAAAGUACAUCCGCGAGUACGAUUCAGUGCUUCACCGACAGCUCGGCUCACCGAAAGCUAUCGAAAUCCAGGAAACAAGGAUGCACACCGUUGAAAUAUCAGCGGAAUUGCUGUACGCAGAUUUCACACAUAAUUCUAUAAAAUCGAUCAUAGUCAAUCCGCAGCUGUCCUACGCGUUGCAGUACCUCGAUCUGAAUGAUAACUAUAAUGUGCCGCUCGAGAACGUCAGCCAUUUUGUACAGCUAAAAACGCUGCAUCUCACAAAUUGCCACAUCGAAACGAUACCGGAGCGCCUAUUUGCCGCCAUGGUCCAGCUGCAACAUCUCACCCUCGCUCAUAAUCGGUUGACGACUGUCGAUCUGAAACGGUUUCCUCCCAGUCUAACGCUUCUCUUUUUAAAUGGGAACGAUCUAAAAAACAUGACACUAGGCGGUGUGCUCUUCCCUUCGUUGGAGCACUUGAAUGUUAGAAGCAACAAAAUUUCCUCGUUCAAUGCCACCUUGAUCCUACCGCUGGCACCAAAGCUAAAGCUUUUUUCCAUCGGGCAUAAUCCGAUGAUGCGAUCAACGGUCGAUCACAUCGUGGGGGAGCUUAACCGACGCAACAUCAGCCAUUACAGCAUGGAGAAUCCAGACGAAUGGGUGUGCAAAGAUGAUGAAACCAUAUACGAGGGAGUUUGUUUUCCCAAAACCAUCCUGGAAUCCGAUGAAACUAGUUCGUCCACACUAAGCAAAGUCUGUAUAGUGGUAUUUGUACUCGCUGGUUCGGCUGGGAUAGGAUAUGUAUUUUGGAUAAGAUAUAAGCGAGGCCAAUAAACCCACUUAUUAUGGAUCUGAGCUGUCUUGCCUAUGUAUCCAGUUCCAGUUCAAUUAAUAAAUAAAAUCUUUUAUAGACUAUAGACAGUU